GCGUGGUGGGGGGAGCAUGGCCGCUGUUUUUCGUAGGGCUCUUCUCCAUUGCUCCGUGAGCCUCGCAGAGGGGCUUGGGGAAGGAAGACCCAGACCCUCCCGAUUCUCCGAGCCCUUUAUCCCCUGGCACGUUUCAGGAAACGCUUAAAGAAGCCUUCAUUCCGUGCCAGGCCCUGAGCUAGGAGCCCGCAGCGCCGACGGAGACGAACAGAAACACAUCAUUGACAGAAGCAAAUCAUAAUUCAUUGGAAAAACGUGCACCGGGCGUCUCUGCCCUCGGGGAUCUCACAGUGUGUCGAGGGAGAUGGAGUGAAAUAAUUAAAUGAACGUGGGAUCAUAAUACGCGUUUGGAAGGCAAAGGACAUUCUGAUUGGAAGGGGCGGGCCACAUGGUUGGGGAAAAGGAGGCCUAGUUCAUUAGACAGAGUGCAGUACCCAAUCUGCCCCGAGGACCGGGAAGACUGACUCCGGAUGCCCGUGCCCUUUGUCUUCUCCCACACGAAAUAGGGCCGACCGUGUGACCCAUAGGGCGUGGUGGAAAUCAUGGAGUAGACUGUGAUGAAGUCAGAAAAGGCAUUGCGAAUUCCUCUUUGCUCUCUUUGAUUACUCAUGGGAAAUCCCAUAUUGUGAGGACACUAGGGCAGCCCUAUGGAGAGGUUCUCGUGGGUAGUCAUCAGACCUGCCUACAGCCAGCUCCAACUCAAGUCAACUCAGCCAAAGGUGCCUCCCCAGGGUACAAGGAUGCCACUCUGGGUGUUCUUCUUUGUGAUCCUGACCCUCAGCAUCAGCGCCCACUGCUCCCCGUCCCCCUCUCUGCCCCUCAGGAUGCGUCGCUAUGCAGAUGCCAUCUUCACCAACAGCUACCGGAAGAUUCUGGGCCAGCUGUCUGCCCGCAAGCUGCUGCAGGACAUCAUGAGCAGGCAGCAGGGAGAGAGAGAGAGGAACCAGGAACAAGGAGCAAGGGUUCGGCUUGGCCGCCAGGUGGACGGCAUGUGGGCAGACCAAAAGCAGACAGCUCUAGAGAGCAUCCUGGUGGCACUGCUGCAGAAGCACAGCAGGAAUUCCCAAGGAUGAAGACUGCCCCUGAGGCUUGGACCACCUGCAGCCCCAAACACAACUGGAUCCAGUUAAUCCUAUUUCACUUCUGACCUACUUUUUCCUUUGUAAAUAUAAUAAAGUUCCCCCA